UUGCUUUAUGACGCUUUUAUAAAAGGACUAAGGGCUCUUGGACUUGAAAAAAUAUGAAGAGUGUUUGUUCUUUUUGCUUGUCAUGACUCUUCAUCCGUUCAGCUGAAUCACUUGCAUUCCUUUGUUUUCUUUUAAUCCGCUUAUUUCUGUUCCUCACCUGUCAAGGACAAGGACAAAACCCAGCUUCAGACAGUAAAACUUGAUUCAGCAUCUCCAGCAUGUUUGAAAAGAAUCUGCUGGCGGACUUUCGGUCUAUGUCUAAGGAGCCACAGCACUGCAGUGCGGAGAUAAGAUUUUUCAAGUUGGCUUGAGUUCAUAAAGAAUCUCCAGGACUAAUAUGGCUUCUUCAAAUCAGUCUGCCUUAAAGCAUGUCAGCAAUGCUCGUGAACACCUGUAUGAAGAGCUUCAAAACCUGCCUCUUAUUAUUGAAAAACUUCACCAGCAGGAUGUUCUCAACAGCUAUGAAGUUAGUCUCCUUGAGGCUGAACCUGAAAAAUACAACAAAACCAGCAAAAUACUGACCUGGGUCAUGAAUAAGGGUGAGGAAGCCUGCUACCAGUUUCUCAAGAUACUGGAUUUUGAGAGGAAAUCUGUCUUACCAAAGCUGCAGUCCUCUAUGCAGGCUGGUAAACCACAUGCCUGGAUCAGCCAGUUCUCCUUUAGAGAUGAACCAGAGGAUGAUUACAUUCAUGGGCCCACCUCAUGUCAUGAGCUUCAAAACUUUUUAAAGACAAAUGCAAAAAUAUUUCUUGAUCAGCAAUGGAAACAGAGCACUCAUUUCUUUGGAGGGACAGCCCAAGAAAAAUUCACUUACAUUCCUCUUGUGUUGGAUACAGACACAGAAAAGAACAAAUCACUUAACAAAAUCACACUCAAGAGCAAUAAAUCUAAGAAACCCCGAUCAAAAAAGCUGAGAUCUUACAUACCUCAGGACACAUACAAAAAGUCUCCUAAAGAUCUCCUUGAUAGCCAGGAGAAAAGCAUCCUAUUAGUAGGAAAACCAGGAAUUGGGAAGACAUCAGUUGUUCGGCAAAUGCUGUAUCUCUGGAUAGAGAGACAUGACAAAAAACAUGACUUCAUGUUUUAUUUUGAUAAAAACAUACUGUCAAAUAUCUCAAACAUUUCUAACCUGGAAAAUCUUCUUUUAGACACAUUCUUAAUGUCAAAUGCACAUCUAAGAGAAAAGACUGGAGAAAUUACUCAGUAUCCUCAGGAACACUCUGAAAAUGUCACGCUUAUUUUUGAUGGGAUCAGUGACUUUCAUGACAGCCGUAUUUUACAAAGAGUUAUGCAACAUGACAUUUUGCCUGAAGCUAAGAUUGUGAUAACAUGCAGGCCAGAAACAGAGGAUGAUGAAUUCUUUGACUGGCCAACAUGCAAAGUAUAUGUGCAAGGGUUCAGUGAAGAGUCUAUCUAUGAUUACUUUACGCAAAUGCCAGAUCAGGAUCCAGAAUUAGUAAACAGUGUGGUAAACAAUCCAGCACUGUUCAGUCUCUGCCAUGUCCCAAUGUAUGCGUCCAUGGUGUCGGCCUGCUUUUCCCACUGUACAUCUGAAGGUGCUCAUAAACAAUGCACAGCUACUGAGUUGUAUAUACGAAUCAUUGCAUUCAGAGGCAUGGAAAUAAGAAACUGAGGCAAUUAGAUGGACACAUUAAAGGCUGCAGGGACACAAUCUUACUUUUGGCAGAGAGCGCAUUCAGUGCAACCAAGCUAAAGACUAUCAACCUGGAAUUUGAUUACAGUGACAGUUGCAUUGCUGGUGUUUUUCUGAGAUCAGUGUCAGUUGUGUCACCAGCAUUUGCCAGGACAUUCUGUGCAUUUCUUCACAACACAAUACAGGAGUUCUUCUCUGCCCUGUGGCUUCUGGAAAAACCCCAAAAACUUGAUGAAGUACUCCAGCUUUGUCAGACUGAAGAGAGUAAGCACAUGAAAUAUGUGAUUCCUUUUCUGUGUGGGCUUUUAUCAGAAACCAACAUCCCUCUUCUAAAGUGCCUCUUCCCACCCGACCAGCGGAAAGGAACCUUUGAUGGGUUCUUUGAGAAAGUCUUGAACACAUUUCUACAUGAUGAACCAGAUGAAGAGUAUUCUGUUGAUGCUGUCUUCCUCUGUCAGUGCCUAAAUGAAUUUCAGUCCUCUGAAGCUUGUCUCCGGUUCCUGGAGAGAGUAGACUAUAGUUUAGAUUUGAGUGAAGAACAUCUUGACCCUCAUCAGUGCUGUGCUGUGUCCUUUGUGAUCAGCCAAUCCAGAGACAAACCAGUUCACCUUAAUUUGGAGAACAGUGUUGUGUCUUUUUCAGGGCUGAAGACGAUUCUCAGACAUUCAGAAAACCUCAGGUAUUAACCAUUCAGUAAGAUAUGAAAUUAUGUAUGUUGAAUGUCAGAAAUUAAGUAAAAUAGUGGGAUCAAGGAUUAUCAUUAUUAACUUAUAUUAUUUAUUUAUUUUACUUAUUAUUUAUUUAUUUAUUUAUUUACUUACCUACCUACCUACCUUUAGGGAUUUGUCAAUGACUCUCUGCCAAGUGUGGACAACCUCUCUGAAAUGUGAGCAGCAGAGUUAUUUGAUAAACCUCCUGCUGUUGUGUGGAAAUGAGAUUUAUCUCCCAGUUAUCAUUCAGAAAGCUUUACUUCAACAAGCUGGAGAAAUCAUAACCCAAAGUGCAGAUCCAAAAAUCCUUCAUCUGUGCUGUGAUAAACACCCACAACAGCUCAGUGAUGCUUUCUGCAGGACCAUUUCCACAUGGCUACCAUCCAUCAGCUCUGUUCAGUGAGUAACCCUUGCAAGUGACCAUAUUUAGACAUUUUUAAUGCCGGAGAUUCCCAGAUUUUGGAAACUUCCCAAAUAAACUGUUACAAAUAAUGUGGCAAUGUCUUUCU